AUGUCGUAACUUCUAAUGGUGUGGCUUAAUGAUGAAGUACAAUUAAGUAAGAAGGUAACAUCAUUCGAACAUGAUUUCAGUAAUGGAUAUCUAUUUGGUGAAUUGUUGAGCAAAUUCAAUCAAUAGCUUAAUUUUGAAGAAUUCUCGAAUAAAGAUGUUCGAGAAGCGAAAAUGAAGAAUUUCUAAUUACUUGAACCGACAUUUAAGACACUCCACAUUUCAUUUCAUUUUUAGAUAGCAGAUUAAGUUAUUAAGGGUAAAAGGGGUGUAGCUAUGCAAUUGUUAUAUCAAUUAUAGAUGUAAUUGUAAAAAGUGAAUGAUCCACAUGAUGUAAUGAUGCAUGCUAAAACAGGGAAAUAUAAUGUGAUUCAACCCUUAAUGGUCAUUCGAUAACCUAAAGAAUAAUUUGAUAAGAUGGAAUAAGAUUUCUUUCUGCAGAAAUUGAAUGAGAGAAAUAAGGCUUAAAAAGAUGUUAAUUUGGAGGUACAUCUGGGCAAAUUUACAACAUUCGCAAUAUAAUAGGCAGAAAAAGAGAGAAGAUUAAAGAUAAAGGAGGAAACUGAAGAGAGGAAUCUUAAAGAAGAAAUGGCGAAAGAUACAAUUGAAUAAAUUACAAAGAAAUAUGGCAUUCAUGGAGGAUUGGAAUUAAAAGGGAAUUGA